AUGGGUAACAUAGUGGUGUUUGUGGCAGUAUAUGUAGAUGACGUUAUACUCACAGGAAAUGACCUUGAUGAGAUCAACUCCCUGAAAAAGUUCUCGGACCAGACCUUUAAGAUUAAAGACUUAGAGAUUUCGCAUUACUUCUUGGGACUUGAGCAAUCUUCAUUAUCAUCUCCUCAUGAUCCUUCACUCAAGUUGAAAGCUGACGAGGGUGCUCUAUUACAAGAUCUCACUAAUUAUAGAAAACUAGUUGGGAAGCUGAAUUUUCUAACUAAUACCAGGCUUGACAUAGCAUUCAGUUUACAACAUCUCAGCCAAUACAUGCAGAAUCCUAAAGAUACUCACUUAAAAGAUGUGUAUCAUGUGUUGAGGUAUUUGAAAGGUGAUCCAAAUUUGGGGAUAUUUCUAUCUAGCAGAACAGGUUAUAUGAUCAGUGCUUUUUGUGAUUGA